UCCUCUUCCAAAGAGAGAGAAGAAGAAGAAGAAGCGCAAAGUCCAGAGAGUGAGUGGCUGCGAAAUCUUCACGAAAUUUGUCUCUUCUCCUGUGGGUAAGCUUAGCAAUGACGGGGCUUGUGAUGGUGACUAAAGGCGUUGGUUGUGGCGGAGGAAAAGGAGGGAGGGGAAAAUCGGCGGUGGAGGAAGAGGAAGAGGAGGAGCAGAAUCAGCAACUGUCUCUUGUCGAGUUUCUCUUGACGGCGCUGCGCAAAUCGGUGGUAUCUUGCCGCGUGGAUAACCGGCAAGACGACGGCGGAGUAGUCGGAGGAGGAGGAGGGAUUUCCUCCGCCGUUCAUCACAUGGAGAUCGGAUGGCCAACAAACGUUCGACACAUCACUCAUGUCACAUUCGAUCGAUUCCAUGGCUUUCUCGGUCUCCCUCACGAGCUUCAGGUCGAGAUCCCAUGUCGAGUCCCCAGUGCUAGUGUGAGCGUGUUUGGUGUCUCGGCGGAAUCAAUGCAAUGCUCUUAUGACGAGAAAGGAAACAGUGUCCCGACUAUUUUACUACUGAUGCAGGAAAGGCUAUACUCUCAAGAAGGUCUCAAGGCUGAAGGAAUUUUCAGGAUAAACCCUGAGAACAGUCAAGAGGAACAUGUGAGAGACCAACUAAACAGAGGUAUAGUUCCUGAGAACAUCGAUGUACAUUGCUUGGCUGGUCUUAUAAAAGCUUGGUUUAGAGAGUUACCUUGUGGAGUGCUCGACGGUCUUUCUCCUGAGGAAGUUCUCAACUGCAACACCGAGGAAGAAUCUGUUGAACUCAUCAAGCAGCUCAAGCCAACUGAGUCUGCUUUGCUCAAUUGGGCUGUUGAUCUUAUGGCUGAUGUUGUUGAAGAAGAAGAGUCCAACAAGAUGAAUGCAAGGAAUAUAGCCAUGGUUUUUGCUCCUAAUAUGACCCAGAUGACAGAUCCAUUAACGGCUCUUAUGCAUGCUGUUCAAGUGAUGAACUUGCUCAAGACUCUCAUCACGAGAACACUAGCUGAACGAGAAGAAACAGCAACCGGAUCAGAAGGAUACUCACCAUCACACUCAUCAAAUUCACAAACUGACUCUGACUCUGACAACGCACAAGACAUGGAAGUCAGCUGUGAAUCACAAGGCACAGAUUCAGAAUCCGGAGGAGAAGAAGAACAAAAACAAGAACAUAUCAGUCGCCGCUCUGCCCAAGAAGAUGAAAGCGAUAUUGGGUCAUUAAGCUCGAUAGAGAACUGCUUCUUGAGUCGGCUGAACAACAAUGCUAGGGUUUCAAACACCAGCAUCCCUGAAGACUGGAGCGCUAAAUGCUCUCCACUAGUAUCAUUCACAGACAACAAAAACAACACUCUAGGCCGCCCAAGCACAAGCGACUAAGAUGAAAUUUAGAGCGUCUAAUUCAAGUCUGAUCUGCAGUUUCCACGGUAUCCGGUAACAAUCACAAUCUGUUUGUUGUAGCUUUCCUUGUUUCUGCUUAAUCUGCUGCAGAGAACAAACAAGGAGGAAGAAAAGUGGGUUGUGUCUGUAAAUCAAUACAGAGAUUAUUGUCCAAUUUGUUAGGGUCUUUUAGGGGUUGUUGUCGCUGAGUCUGAUUAGGGGGUUCAACAAGGGCUGAACCUGUCUGUUGACUGUUGUUGUAGUCCCUCUCCAUGUUUGUGUUUGUGUGUCUGUGUUUGUGCUGUUUGGUUUUUGUAGCAAAGAUAAUCUGAUAUUUUUCUUUAAUUUGAAA